AUGCCGCCCACGAAUGGAUUGACCGACGACCAGGUCGCUGGCGAAUUGAACAAGAUGGUGGAGUUCAUCAAGAAGGAAGCCGAGGAGAAGGCCAAGGAAGUUAAAGCCAAGGCCAACGAGGAGUACGAAAUUGAAAAGGCCAACAUUGUGCGGUCUGAGAUUGCCGCUAUCGACCAGGCGUACGAGCAGAAAUACAAGCAAAAUAAGCUGGCACAGCAGAUUACCAAGUCGACGCUAGCCAACAAGACACGUCUGAAGGUGCUGGAUGCCAAAGAAAAGCUCUUUGAGGACGUCGUUUCGAAGGCGCACGACGAAAUCAAGAAGCUGCCUGCCAACAAGGCCAAGUACGAGCAGCUGCUCUCAGAGCUCAUUGAAGAGUGCAUGGUGCUGCUCAAAGAGGAAACGGUCAUCGUUCGCGUCCGUGAGGCAGACACGGAGGUCGCCAAAUCCGCCCUGGUGACCGCAAUCAAGACCUUCAAGUCCAAGAAGAACUCGGACAUUGCUGCUGAAAUCGACACCGAGUUCCUGCCCAAGUCCUCAAUUGGCGGCAUAGUUGCUCUCGACAGGACCAAACGCCUGUCUAUCGACAACACUCUCGACGAGCGGCUCAAACUUUUAAGCACAAACGGUCUGCCUCUUAUCCGUCUAGAACUUUUCGGGCCUUCUGCAAACCGCAGAUUCUUUGAUUAA